AUGCAACAAGCAAAUCUUCCUCUUAUCAAAGAUGAACACUUUGCCAAAUUGACUCUCAAAUCCAACCGUUGUCCUGUCUGUCACAAAAAGAACGUCACUUGUCCACACACCAAAGCACUCUCUGAAAGAACCAACCUACCAUCUCCACUCAUAGCUUCAGAGAAUGCCAGAAUCUACUCUCAUCCCAUCCCUACCGAUCGUUCAGCAGAAUUCGAUGAAUUCAUCAUCCAACAAUUGGAAAACUUUACAAGAAGAGUUGGAAACAGAGAUUAUUCUGGAGCUAAAGAUCUUUACAAGAAAAGGUUGAUCGAUGAGUUUUAUAAUGUAGUAAUGGUAAAGGCCAAGAAAAUGAAUGUUAUUUCUGAUGCUAACACAAAUCAAGGAAGAGGUCAACCUGUCAAUGAUCAAAGAAGAACUUCAACAUCUGGCACAUCAUAUACUUCAAGAAUUCCUCUCAAUCCAGUAAAUCCAAACAUCAGACCAGAUGUCACUGGACCAACAAGCAAUGGAAUUUCAAAGCAACACAAAACUGUCACUAAUUCAUUAAUCAAAAAAGCGUCACCAGUCAAAAAACCAAUUGAACAAUCAUGCCAAAUAUCAUUAACAAAUCAAGGAAGAAGAAAUCUGGUAAAGAUGACUGAAACAGACUUUGCCAGUUUACAAAAUUUGAUGAUUGCCAUGAAACGUCAUCUAUUGUUGGACGAAAAUGCAAAAUUUACAAGAAUUAGAAUUAAGAAUGCAUAUACCGACAAGUUAUGUUCAGUUUAUGGAUCAGAAACAUUAAAGCCAUUUAGAGAAGAUUUCUUUGGAAAGGUUAAAUGUAUGGAAAUUAAAGUUGAAGCCGAAUAA